AUGGAAAGCUCCAGGCCCGCCGCCACACCUACUCAGGACGCGGCGGCAGCAUCAGAAGAAGCCCAACCGCAGCACAUUGACGACUUGAGUGUCCAGUGGGACCAGACCUAUCUGCGCCUAAACUAUAUUCUCGGCAACCUGGGCGGUGCCGUGGCCGCUGGUGCCGAUAACAAUUCCUCUUUUUCCUCGGCUUCCGCGAGGACGGGCGCAGAAGGAGGCGCAGCAGGAGCAGCAACAGGAGGAGCAUCAUCGUCAGCAACGCCAGGGCGCAGAAACAGUCUCGGCAACGGCGUGGGCGACAGGGUGUCUAAAUCCGCCAUCCCAAACUUCCCAGCCCUGUCCAGGCCAGAUGCCGCCCGCAAGGUCGCUCAGAUAGCCACUUGGCGCGACGAGGUGGCCUCAGACGCAGACGCCGUCCUCUGCGGCUGCUCACUCGGCUCUUGCGCGGGCAUUUCUGCCGCGGACGAAGCGCCCUCGUGCUCCGUCACCAAGGGGCUACUCCCUGCUGCGUUUGUCGCCGGGAGUCUGGCCAGUCCGGCCGUCAGGUCCAGGCGCAAGGCUUCGCUCGUCGCUGCCGCAGCAGCGAUCAGUAGGGACGAAGAUGGCAGCGGCACAAGCAGUAAUAGCAGCGGCGAUGACGCCGACAGCCCCGUCGACAGCCUCUGCGCGCUGUGCGGCCGGCAUGCGGACGUGAGGGACCUUGUGACUGAUAGUUGGCCCGGCGAUGGCGGCGCGGCGAGGAAGGCGCUCAGGAGGAUGCAGCUGAGCCUUUUGCGGAUCGGGCGCAGGAGGCAGCUGCUGCCUCGGGGCGAGGAGCCCUUCCCUCCCGACGCCGACCCCAAGCCAAGCAAUAAUCACACCCAAUCACAUAAUAACAACCACGGAACAGCGGCGGCAGCAACGUCACCGAGAGACUUGAAGCCCGCUGCCAUCGCCACCACGUCAAUGUACCAUUAUCGGACCGAUCCAGAUGACCAAGACGACGAGGAUCUCAGCUCGGACGAUAGCACCAGCACCGGUAGCAACAACGGCAUCAAAAGGCAAAAGUGUAAACCCGUAGGCAGCUGCGGCGUCAGCACCACGCUGACGGCCAGGGAGCAGAUGGAGCGGAACCAGCGCGCCAAGGACGCGAGGCUGCGGCGGGCACAGAAGCUGCUGGAGAAGAGCCUCGUCGUGACGCCCAAGACUACGGGCCUCUAG